GAGGGCCGCGUGCCGCGUCUGCGGGGAGGAACGCGGAGCCAGCCGGAGCAGAAGCGGGGAGCCGACAGGCCCGCGGAGCGGCGCGGGGAACGCUCGGGCGCAGCUGAGCCGGAGGCCGCGGCUGCGCGGCCGGCGGGCCCGGCCCGGCCUGGCGCGGAGGGAGUCGUGCGCUCUACAGACGCGGAUGAGAGAGGCGCCGCGGCUUGAGGUUUCUGAUAACGGAUUGUGGCAGCAACAGCAAGAGCUGCACUGAUAGCAACAGAUUACCGUUUAUUGAGUACAUACUAUGAGCCAGGUAAAUUAAAUAUCUAAUGCAAGAUGUUGGCAUUGCAGACUUGGAUAGUGCACGCAUUGUUUAUUUUCUUCACCACUGAAUGUGUAGGUGAACUUCUAGAUCCAUGUGGUUAUAUCAAACCUGAAUCUCCAGUUGUACAACUUGGUUCUAAUUUCACUGCGGUUUGUGUGCUAAAAGAAAAAUGUAUGGAUUAUUUUCAUGUAAAUGCUAGUUAUAUAUUCUGGAAAACAAACCAUCUUACUGUUCCUAAAGAACAGUAUACCAUCAUAAACAGAACAGCAUCUAGUGUCACGUUUACAGAUACAUCUUUAUUAAAUACUCAGCUCACUUGCAACAUUCGUACAUUUGGACAGAUUGAUCAGAAUGUUUAUGGAAUCAGAAUAAUUUCAGGCUUGCCUCCAGAAAAACCUAAAAAUUUGAGUUGCAUUGUGAAUGAAGGAAAGAAAAUGAUGUGUCAGUGGGAUCCUGGAAGGGAAACAUACCUGGAAACAAACUUCACUUUAAAAUCUGAAUGGGCAACAGAGAAGUUUGCUGAUUGUAAAACAAAACGUGACACUCCCACCUCAUGUACUGUUGAUUAUUCUCCUGUGUAUUUUGUCAACAUUGAAGUCUGGGUAGAAGCAGAGAAUGCCCUUGGGAAGGUUACAUCAGAUCAUAUAAAUUUUGAUCCUGUAGAUAAAGUGAAACCCAAUCCGCCACAUAAUUUAUCCGUAAGCAACUCAGAGGAACUGUCCAGUAUCUUAAAAUUGACAUGGAUCAACUCAAGUAUUCAGGGUUUUAUAAGACUGAAGUACAACAUUCAAUAUAGGACCAGAGAUGCCUCAAUUUGGAGCCAGAUUCCUCCUGAAGAUACAGCAUCCACCCGAUCUUCAUUCACUGUCCAGGACCUUAAACCUUUUACAGAGUAUGUGUUUAGGAUUCGUUGUAUGAAAGAAGAUGGUAAAGGAUUCUGGAGUGACUGGAGUGAAGAAGCAAGCGGUAUUACAUAUGAAGAUAGACCAUCCAAGGCACCAAGUUUCUGGUAUAAGAUAGAGCCAUCCCGUACUCAUGGUUAUAGAUCUGUACAACUCAUAUGGAAGACAUUGCCUCCUUUUGAAGCCAAUGGAAAAAUUUUGGAUUAUGAAGUGACUCUCACAAGAUGGAAAUCACGUUUACAGAAUUACACAGUUAAUGACACAAAAUGGACAGUAAACAUCACAAAUGAGCGUUACAUAGCAACUCUCACAGCAAGAAAUCUGGUUGGCAAAUCAGAUGCAGCUGUUUUAACUAUUCCUGCUUAUGAUUUUCAAGCUACUCGCCCUGUAACGGAUCUUAAAGCAUUUCCCAAAGAUAAUAUGCUUUGGGUAGAAUGGACAGCUCCAAAUGAAUCUGUAAACAAAUACGUACUUGAGUGGUGUGUAUUAUCAGAUAAAUCGCCCUGUAUCCCAGACUGGCAACAAGAAGAUGGUACUGUACACCGCACCUAUUUAAGAGGGAAUCUAGCAGAGAGCAAAUGUUAUUUGAUAACAGUUACUCCAAUAUAUGCUGAUGGACCAGGAAGCCCCGAGUCUAUAAAAGCAUACCUUAAACAAGCUCCACCUUCCAAAGGACCUACUGUUCGGACAAAAAAAGUGGGGAAAAAUGAAGCUGUCUUAGAGUGGGACCAACUUCCUGUUGAUGUUCAGAAUGGAUUUAUCCGGAAUUAUACUAUAUUUUAUAGAACCAUCAUUGGAAAUGAAACUGCUGUGAAUGUGGAUUCUUCCCACACAGAAUAUACACUGUCUUCUUUGACCAGUGACACUUUGUACAUGGUACGAAUGGCAGCAUAUACAGAUGAAGGGGGAAAGGAUGGCCCAGAAUUCACUUUCACUACACCAAAGUUUGCUCAAGGAGAAAUUGAAGCGAUAGUUGUCCCUGUUUGCUUAGCAUUCCUAUUGACAACCCUUUUGGGAGUAUUGUUCUGCUUUAAUAAGCGAGACCUAAUUAAAAAACAUAUCUGGCCUAAUGUUCCAGAUCCUUCAAAGAGUCUUAUUGCCCAGUGGUCACCUCAUACACCUCCUAGGCAUAAUUUUAAUUCAAAAGAUCAAAUGUAUUCAGAUGGCAAUUUCACUGAUGUAAGUGUUGUGGAAAUAGAAGCAGCCAAUGACAAGAAGCCUUUUCCAGAAGAUCUGAAAUCACUGGACCUGUUCAAGAAGGAAAAAAUUAGUACUGAAGGACACAGCAGUGGUAUUGGAGGGUCUUCGUGCAUGUCCUCCUCUAGGCCAAGCAUUUCCAGCAGCGACGAAAAUGAGUCUGCACCAAACACUUCGGGCACCGUCCAGUACUCCACGGUGGUGCACAGCGGCUACAGACACCAGGUGCCCUCGGUCCAAGUCUUCUCGAGAUCCGAGUCCACCCAGCCCUUGUUGGAUUCUGAGGAGCGGCCGGAAGAGCUACAGCUGGUAGAGAACACAGAGAGCGGUGUCGGCAGUCCGCCCAGGCAACAGUAUUUCAAACAAAACUGCAGUCAACGUGAAACCAGCCCAGCUAGUUCACAUUUUGAAGUUUUGUCAGUCAAUGAAGAAGAGUUUGUGAGACUCAAGCAGCAGAUUUCAGAUAUUUCACAGCCCUGUGGAUCUGGGCAAAUGAAAAUGUUUCAAGAAGUUUCUGUAGCAGAUGCUUUUGGCCCACAUACUGAGGGACAGGUAGAGAGAUUUGAAACCGUUGGGAUGGAAGCUGCAGUUGAUGAAGGAAUGCCUAAAAGUUACCUACCGCAGACUGUCAGACGAGGUGGCUAUAUGCCUCAGUGAAGACUAGUUCCUGUUACAACUUCAGCAGUACCUGCAAACUAAAGCUAAUUUUAUCUGUUAUUUCAGAUAAAAAUAAUCUUCACUCACUGAAGAUGAUCAUUUGCCCUUGCGGACAACAAUAAACUGUCCUCCCACAUGGGCUGUUUCCCUUCCAGAAUAUCUGGGAUUCUACUUUCAAGCACUACAUAAACUGACUUCAUCCUCUGAAUAGCUGAAUGAUUUUUGUGCUGUUUCAGGAUGUUUGCACUGAAGAAAAAGUAAAACUUUGUUUUGGUAGCUAGAAAACAGAGGGUAUUUAAAUAAUAAGCAGUGAUAUACUUAGUACAGCUAUACUGAUUUUAAUGAGAAUAGGCACCAAAUAAAGUGGCUGAGAUAGAGUUAAGGCAAUUAGAUGAGUGAGAUCUAGACUCUCUACUUCAGCUGACAGCAUAGAGAGAGCUGCAGGUGGCAUAAUUACAUGAACCCAGUUUUUGUUGUCUGACCAAAACCAACCAAAAAAAAUAGCGGGCUUAAUUAUAAUAUCGCCCACAGGAAGUAGUAGACAUUCUCUUCCAUUGGUAAUGAUGCUGCCAGCCACUAGACGAAUGGAAUUCGAGUGUGAAUUUUGCAAAUUACAAAAAAUCUUGGAAUAUUAUAUAAUAAGUAAUCUAAAAUUUUCAAAAUUUGCUUUCUGUCGUUAUUCACAAAUUCAGCAGAGUGCCCAGUUAAGAGCUAGGAAUGAAUGCCAAACUGUGUUAGCCAUCUUAAUAAUCUAAGUCUUCAUAAAUGGCGAAUAAUUUUUAACAUUUUUCUAUAUAUAUAUAAACAUUGACCCUUUGUUAAAAAUGCUGGAGAUUUUGGUUGAUGAAGCACUUUAUACAAUGUUAAAUUAAAACACAUUUUAAGGUGAAGAUACAUGUUUUGUUUUUAUUUUUAAGUAGGCCAAGAUUCAAAGGUUUGUUUUGGGGUGUUUUUUCCUAGUGUUUGAAGCAAACGAAGAGCACAUGGGCACUGCACUACUUACCAAAAUAAAGCACCAUCCAAAAAUGUACAUGUUGAUGUUAGUAAAUGUCACAGCGCAUACCCUGUUAAAAAGGCACUUAAUGAAGGGAUAGUAUUUUAAUAUCUGCCAGUUCUGAGGUAGGUGGAACUUAGUUCCACACUGUGAUUUAGAGAGAUUUUAAACCUCUCCCUGCAAGUUCUGUUCUUCCCAGAGAGAAGUGAGCCAGGCUCCAGAGUUUAGCACUUAACCCCACUUUUGCAUUUUUGCCAUACCCUACCCACCACAUUUGACAAGGAGGCUAGGCUAAAGACAGGAACAAGAUGUAUGAAGAGAUUUUCAUAAAUCAUUAGUGGUUGACCAGUGCUAGGAGGUACAUUUGCAGAACGUAUGUUUUGGUUUUCUGUCAUAUUUAAAUCACCAAAACCAGGCCAACUUCAAAUAUUUUUGUAGAGGUUAUUCAAGAAUAAAAGGCUAAGAAAAGUUGCUAUCCAUUGACAGUUGAAAUCUAAUUCUACUCACUACUCUCUCAGAAUAUUGUUCAUAUUAGACCUUCUGUUUAUUAGACUUUAUAUUCCUGCCUGCUGUGUUUCAGAGCGCUUUCACACACAUGGUCCUUGUGAGACGGGGUAGAGGCAGCAUGAGAGAGGCAGAAUGACAGGAUGAGAAGUACAUGAGGAAGACUGGACACACAGAAGCCAAAUAGGGACAGAGGGACCCCAAAGUCACACUACAGGAUAAUGGCACCACCACCAUUUAGGUUUGUCAAAGCCUGAUCCAAACUAGGAUUACAUUUAUCUUGCUAAGAAUCUGUCAAGAAAUAUGUAUCAGCUUUAUUUUUCAUUUCCUCUAAGUAAGUAGUCCUGUUAUCUGUAAAAAUGGUCAGCUCUGCCCUUCCUCAUGCUAAACAGCAGUGUUAUGAAGAAUUCUAGUGUGACAUUUGUCCUUGGGGGCAUGGGAGCAGUUAUAAAAUGUAAACUCACAAUCUAAGGGAAUGAGAAUGAAGUCAUUGAAGAACACUGUAUAAGCAAAUCUUCUGAAACUUGUAUAGAACAUGGUGCCCUGAGUGCCCCCCCCUUCCCAGGUGCAAGAGCACUUUAGACAUACUAAAUGGAUAGUUGCUGAACCAAUAAUCCAUUCAGAAAUAGCCCUAGAUUUGAUUACUAAUAUGUGAUAGACCUCUUUGCCCAACGAGAGAAGCAUUCAUGAAACUUGUUUUAAAGUACAAAAUUAACUUUCCUAAGCCAUGUCUUAGGAUAAUUUGUGGGGUUUUCUUCAGGUUUUUAAGAUAAUUUGUUUUGAGGCAUGUAAAUUGUAUUUUACAUAGAGAAGCAAAUCUUGUUUGUAUGAAAAUUAGUCUAUAAGUUAGUAGAUGUGAUCCUCACCAAAUCUUGAGUAUCCAGAAAUUUCCUUUAAUGCUGACAAAGCCUCUCUAUGGACAAAACUAAUGCACUGCUUCUGAUGCACUUGGCCUCACAGAGGAGUAAAAAAUAAGCAUGUGUGGCACAGGUAUUGCUGUCGUAGUUUGACUGUUCCUGGUGUGUUUGGUACCCUACCCUCAUCCCUUAUAAAGGCAUGAUGCUGAGCAACUAUGGGAAAACUCCCAAACUUAAAACCCAUUAAAAUCUAAAAAAAAAAAAAUUUUUAACUUGGAUCAGUCAGCACUCAGGAACAUACCCAACAUGUAAAUAGAAGCAGGGGAAAAAGCAGAACCAUUCACACGUUCUGUGUUCGUAUCAGUUCUCUACCUAGAUGUUCAUUUAAUUUCAACCUUACACAUGAAGGUAUCUAAUCUUCCUAGCUUACUGUGAAGUUCAUUUCUACUUCAUGAACCUUGUACUUGUAAAACAUUUAUUUAUGAAAGCUCAUCCUUUAAGUAGAACUUACUAGUUUUGUAGAAAUCAAAAAAAAAUUUUUAAUGUCUUUUUUUCUAUCCACAGGGUUAACUAUUUAAAAUCAUGACAAAUAUGUAGAAGUAGGAUAGUCGUAUCAGACAAUUCUCUAAAAUUUGUUAAUUGGCAUGUAUUGACCAAGUAUAAGUCAAAUAGGAGAGCUCUUCCUCUGUUAUAUUCUACAUCAUUUUCCUAUGUUUGGUUUUAAGAAGAAAUUUUUAAACCAUAUACUUAACGUUACUUUGUUGAAAUGGGUAAUAUGUCAAUGUAAUAAGCUAUAUAACAUUUUUUAAAUUCAAUUGCUAAAAGUUACUGGGAUACCUUUCUGUUGCAGGUCAUGUUCAAUUCUAUUGCCUAAGUAAGAUUGCUUUUAAAAAUUCAUUGCACUUUUCUAUAUAUUGAGAAUAUGGAGCCAUCAAAUGACAAGCUGUUUAUGUUUAACGUAAAAUUGGUGAUUGUUGGGGCGCCUGGCUGGCUCAGUUGGAAGGGCAUGUGACCCUUGCUCUCAGGGUCAUGGGCUCAAGCCCCACCUUGGGUGUAGAUAUUACUAAAAAAAAUAAAUUUUAAAAAAUAAAAAUACAUUUGAUCAUUCUCAUGGAUUUCAAAGAUGGUAUAAACUAGCAACUUACAGCCUAAUUCUUUUAAAUGCCUUUUCAGUUCCUUUUCAGAAUACUUAUAAACAAUUCAGAUGUAAGUCAAAACAAACUUUCCAGAGCUAAAUGUACUAUCCUUUCGAUUAAUCUUUUUUUUUUUUUUUUUGUCAUAUGGGCUACUAGUAUGCAUUAGCAUGAUAUUCUAGUAUACAUUGCAUUCAAAAGAAAAAGAAGGCAACUCGGUGUGUGCUCUACUGUUUUUCGUUUUUUCCUAAAUUUUUAAGAGCUUUUUGCAGUCAGCAGCUCCUUCAAGUGGAUUAUUUAACUUCAUUACCCAGUGCUUUACCGUUGAUUAUGAUGAAAAUGCAUUGAAGACCAAUGGAGAUAGCUAGAUGUUCUAGAUCUUUUAUCCCUUAAAGACAAGCUUUGUCUGAAUGGUAACUACACGUUUCAAAUGCUGUAACAGGAAUACCAAAAUGGGAUGUCAAAUAAAGGGAUAUUUUAAAAGCAGAUAUUUGAAAAUUCUUUAGUCAAUACAUGUUACUGAAUAUACUCUAAAUAAAAGUGUGCAAUUUGCUAGUACUACAGUACAGCGAUUAGCAUUAGGUGUGUAUCCUGUUUAUAUCCUAGCUAUGUACCUUUUACUUGUAAGUGCAAUCCUUUGAAGUUCGCUUGCUAUUUUACCCCCCAGUCUACUUCAUAUAGAAGGCUUGUCUAGAGAAACUAUUGUAUUUUUACCUCUGUAGUGAAUUGCAUGUGCUAAUUGUUAACAUAGCUAUCGGUCUUAUGUUAACGUAACUCUAAACAUUAUUGUAAACGUUCUUAUGUAUCAGCUCUAAUCUUUCAAGUAAAUUUAAGAAAUAAAUUCUUGUUUAAAUUUU